AUGUCUCUCGAUACCAAUCGCAAGGUCCUGAUCAGUCGUGCCGGUGGUCCAGACAGGCUGCAACUGGUCGAUGCCCCCAUGCCGGCAUACGGAGCGGAUGAAGUCCUAAUCCGAAUCGAAGCAGUAGGCGUUGCCUUCGCCGACGUCUUGAUCCGCGAGGGUCUCUAUCCGGACGUGCCACUACCUGCGACACCAGGGUACGAAGUUGUCGGGCUGGUCGUCUCCAAAGGUGAACAAGUCACCAGUGUGGACAUCGGUGCCCGCGUCGCGGCCCUGACGAUACACGGAGGCUAUGCGAAAUAUUUAAACGUCUCCGCCGCUUCUGUCGUCGCAGUACCACCGUCUCUCAAAUCACCUGCAGCUGCUAGCCUGGUCCUGAACGGCUUGACAGCCUACCAAAUGCUUACGCGAUGCGUGGCACUCGACUCAACCCAGAGCAUCCUUGUCUGGGGCGCCGCUGGCGGUGUCGGUUCCAUUCUGCUCGACCUCGCCCGACAUUUUGGCAUAACGGCAUAUGGCGUCGCUUCCGGGUCUCGCCUCGACUUCGUGGCGGAGAAGGGCGCUAUUCCCAUCAACCGGUCUGAAGGCGAUGUAGCAAGCAUACUCAAACAACAUGCGCCAGCAGGCGUGGACGCAGUCUUUGACGGCGUGGGUGGGCCCAACGUCGCUGUAUCCCAACGCUGCCUCAACGAAGGCGGAACAGUCGUUUUGUUUGGCGUACAGGGAGGUUUCGUUGGCGGACGGCGUAGCUUGGUGCGGCUCAUACGAACAUACCUUGCGUCGUCAUCAACAGCCCUCAGCAUAUUCCUGAGCAACCGGGGACUGAAAGGAUACGUUAUUACGCCUUGGUUUCGGCAGUUUCCUGACCGAUAUAAGGCUGACCUGUCCAACAUUUUUACCCUGGCCGCCAAAGGCUCCAUCUCGCCUCAGAUUGACGUGGUCCUACCCUUGUCUCGGGUGGCCGAAGCACACCAACGGAUUAAUGCUGGCAGCCAAUUAGGCAAGAUAAUCCUCGAUCCCACUUGCUGA